ACGUGUACGAAUAUUGAGACAGGUUAUUUACGUAAUUAUUAGCGGAACGAAAAUUUAAAAAACAAUAAAUUGAACGUUGAAUAAGUAAAUGUAUGCAGCUUACAUAACAGUGAUUAAGUUGAAAACAGGUGUGACACAAGGAGAUAGCAACAAAUUGCAUGAAGUAUCAGAUACAAUACUGAUAGGUCUGAACGGUAACCUGGGAGACACGACGCAGUUCGCUCAGUUCGUAUCUAAGAACGCUCAGUUGUACAAACUGAAGAACCACUAUGGAUUGAACACGGCCUGCGUCACACACUUCGCGAGAACCAACAUGCUAGAGGCGCUGCACAAAGGAACACCUAAUAUGUUAAAUAUCGUGGUGGCGGGUUACGACGAGGAGAGUGGGUGCCAGCUGUACACAAUGGACUUUCUAGGGGCGUGCUUGCGCGUGCCCUACGCCGCGCACGGUCUCGGUGGAUAUCUCAGCUGGGGCAUUCUCGACCAUUACUAUAGACCUGAUUUAUCAGAGAAAGAUGCAUACGAGGUGCUGAUGUGUUUCGUGCGUGAGGUUCAACUGCGGCUGUUCAUGAACCUUGCCAACUUCCAAGUGAAGACCGUCUCCAAGGACGGCAUUAAAAUGCUGCCCACCAUAUGCUCCGCUUCCUUGCAGUAAUAGCUCGAUUUUAUCAUAUCAGUAGUUGUUUUAAAGCAAAUGCCGCGUCAGUAGUCAUAUUUGUCGUGUG